AGGCGUCAGUUGCAGGACUUGUAUCGCGAGAUGCGUAAGAUGCGCGCAGACGACGGGCAUCGCCGCGCCAGCGAUUCGGAGUCGGACGAAGAAGUGCACGGCUUCGCGGAUGAUGAGGGAGAGGAGGAUCAGGUGGCUGCUCUCUGCGAGGCCCUGAAGAAGGCACAGCUGAGCCCAGAGGCUGAGAAGAUCGCGCAGCGGGAGUUGAGGCGACUUCAAAACAUCCAACCACACCACCCAGAGCACUCGGUCUGCCGGAGUUAUUUGGAAACCUUGGCGAGCUUACCUUGGGCGUUGAGUUCAGAGGACGACUUGGAUCUCAGCACUGCUCACAGCAUUCUCGAGAAGGACCACUACGGCUUGGAGAAAGUGAAGCGUCGCAUCUUGGAGUUCUUGGCUGUGCAGAAGAUGCGACGAGACAUGAAGGGACCCAUCCUAUGCCUUCACGGUCCACCUGGCGUGGGUAAAACCUCUCUGGGUCGAUCCGUGGCCAAAGCCCUGCAGCGCAAAUUCCAUCGGAUCGCCCUGGGAGGCGUGCGGGAUGAGGCGGAGAUCCGUGGCCACCGGCGCACCUACAUCGGCAGCAUGCCGGGGGCCAUCAUGCAAGCGCUCGCCACGCUGCAGGUGAACAAUCCGGUGAUUUUACUGGAUGAGAUUGAUAAACUCACGCGCAAUGCCAUGUUCAAUCCCUCCGGUGCUAUGUUGGAACUUCUGGAUCCCGAGCAAAAUCAUACCUUCAAGGACCACUACAUCAACACGCCCUUCGACCUUUCGAAGGUCCUGUUCCUGUGCACCUGCAACCAGUUGGACACCAUCGAUCGACCUCUUCUGGACCGUAUGGAGAUCAUUGAACUCUCCGGCUACACCAUGGAGGAGAAGGUGCACAUUGCGACCACGCACUUAUUGCCCAAGCAACGCCGCAUCCACGGUUUGGAGAAGGACCCCGAGGCGCCAGCGGCGGUUUCGACACCGCCGGAUGCGGAGCCGGAUGCGGAGCCGAUGCCUGAGAUGACCGUUGAGCCGCUGGCCGCAGAUGCACCUGGUCUCCCAGCGCUGGAGAUGACGACGGAAGCGCUACGGGAACUGAUCACAAAGUGGACCGUGGAGAGUGGGGUGCGGACCUUGGAACGGCGCUUGGCACAGGUGUGUCGCUGGGCUGCCCUGCGCUUGACAGGUGCCGAUGUGAAGAACCAGCAGGACGAGGUCGUCGUCAAGGACGGACAGCUCACUGUGGACGUGCCACAUUUGCCCCGCAUUUUGGGCGCAGAAGUCUUUGAGCCCGACGCCUCCGAGCGGUUGACCGUGGGUGUGGCCAUGGGUCUUGGGGUCUCAGUGACUGGAGGUCAGCUGCUCUUUGUGGAGGCCUCCCGCAGCAAGGGCUGCGGCAAGCUGACCGUGACGGGGCAGCUGGGCGAAGUGAUGCUGGAGAGCGUGAAGACAGCCAUGUCUUUGCUUCGCAGCCGCAUCUACUACGCUGCCUGGGGCAACGAGAGGCCCCGCGCCGUGGAGCCUCCAUUAACGCCGAUGAGGCUCAGUGGUUCGGUGGACACGGUCGACAUCUUGUCGCAGUGGGCCAGGAAUGAGCACAAGAUGCAAGACCCUUUCGGCGGAGAUGACAUCCACGUGCAUUUUCCUGCAGGCGCUAUUCCCAAGGAUGGACCUUCUGCCGGAGUCGCCACCACUUUGGCUUUGGCAUCACUGCUUCUGGACCGCCCCGUGCGCAGCGACACAGCGGUCACGGGCGAGAUUACCUUGCGGGGCCACAUCCUGCCCGUGGGCGGCAUCCGGGACAAGGUCCUGGCAGCGCAUCGUGCCGGGAUCCGACAUGUCCUGGUGCCCUACGGCAAUCAACGGCAUGUAUUGGAUGAGAUUCCUGAAGCUGCGCUGGCAGAUGUGGAUGUGAAGUUUGUGAAGCACAUUGACCAAGCCUUGUCCUGGGCCUUCGAAGCCGCCCAGGAGCAAAGCUUUCCACCCAGUGACCCAAAGAUGCCGAGAGCAAAGCUUUGAGGAUGAUCCCCAGCGAAAUGGGCAGAAUUUGUUACGGCUUUGGAUCUGAAAAUGGGACAAAUCCACUGGUUGAUCGUAGUUUUUCCCAAUUGCCAUAAGGUGGGGGCACUCGUGGGGCACCCUAUUUUCCGAGCCAAAUCAUGUCCAAAAUGUUGGUCAUUGGACAUGGUUGGAUCAAAAUGAUGGGCAUCUCACUGUUGGCUGUUUCCUUAAGGACAGGGCCCCAGGGCUUGAAGCACCCACGCAAGAGUCAAAGUGGGGGAAAAAUCUUGGGAAAAAAACAGUUUUAACUGCCAUCCUGAGCCAUUUGACAUUGGAAACACAUCCCAACUGAUCUGUUUCACGUUGGGCCUCACGAAUUUGGGACGCCAGUUUUUUUUUUGUUGAUCCGAACCCUGACGGUCGACCAUGUACCGACAGAUCAGGGUGUAGAGUUCAAAAUGUUGGUGCC